GCGCAGAGCGGCCGCCGCCGCCCGCCCUCAAACCGGAAGUAGUCCCCGCGGAGGGGAAGAGGGGAGGGCGCCGCCAUGAAGCCGGCGGUGGACGAGAUGUUUCCUGAGGGAGCCGGCCCUUACGUGGAUCUCGAUGAGGCAGGGGGAAGCACGGGGCUGCUGAUGGACCUGGCCGCCAACGAGAAAGCGGUGCACGCCGACUUCUUUAACGAUUUUGAAGAUCUCUUUGAUGAUGAUGACAUCCAGUGAACUUAGUUGUCCAGCCAUGCAGUGCUGAGAUGUGGAUUUUUCUCUAGCAUCGCCUGUGGUGUCCAUUAUUUAUUAAAAUGAUGAAAACAGGAAAAUCAUGGCGGGGGGGCCAGGGGGGUGGAACUGAGUAAGCUGCUUGGGGAGUAUGAAAGCCAGAUGGUUAAAGGUAACUAAGGAGGGAAUUGUGGACUGUUACUUCUAGGAAGGUCUGUGUAGAUUUUUCUUAAAACUUUGUUUGCUGAUGUGCUCAUUCAAUAAAAUACUAAAAAAAAGCAGAA